CAUAAUCAGCGGUUAUUUCCCUCAUAUCUCAUAAACAAUUCGUACCUUUUAUGCAAAUAGUAACGCACUCUCUGGUGAGGUUGAUACGCAAGACGAAUACGCAAACGAUACACAACCGAUUGGCAAGCAGUCCUUCUAUGCUGCACUGGAUCGAUUAUGGAUGUUAUGGGGGAUGUCCGAGUCCGACAAGUACGAUAUCUCCAACCCAACCCAUGCAAGAAUUGAAACAAAAAGAAAAAGAAGAAUCUAAUGAGGCGAUGGAGAUUGAUGAGAUAGUCCAAGUGACGAUGGAUAUGAAUAGUUUGAGUGUGAGCGAUACCGAUAGCAAUAUCGAUUCCAUGUCAUUAUAAUGAAUGUGUGUGUGUGUAUUGAGAGAGAGAGAGAGAGAGAGAGAGAGAAAGUCGUUCAAAUGGAUGAGAAAUGGAAAAACAAAAUGGCUAUUGGGGAAAUUGCUUUUCUCUCUCUAUUUCACACUUGGGAAUUCUCUCUCUCUCUCGUGCAUUUGCUGUUGAUUGAUAAGAGUCUCAUCUCUCUCUCUCUACCCUUUACUCUCUCUGCCAACUAGACGCUUAUUCUCUCUCUCUCAUUCAUUCACUCAACAUAUGGGGGAAUUGUCACAAUAUCUCUUUCCUUUUAUCAUAUCACACAUCUAUUCAUACUCGCAUGUUCACACUCUCACACUCUUGUAUCUCACUCAUAUUCAACACUCUUAUAUUUGUAGUUUUUAUCUCAUGCAUGUGUUGAGUAUAUCUACAAUUUUUAUUUUGUUGCAUUUCUCUCGUCUUUAUCCACACACAGACGCUUCUUUUUUUUAUUUUUAUUGCGCAGUAUUCUCCCUUGUUCUCCUUGUUUUUUUAUUAUCAGACUCUUCUUUUAAACAGCUCAUCGUUUGGGACAUUUCACACAACUCACGCACACGACUCACGCACGACUCACGGGGACUCUUGCACGCUCUCUCUUGUUCGCCACCCACCCAACAAUCACAAUUCUCACAACGCUCGCGACAAUAGACAUGCCUGGGGUUGUGGGCACCCUCAAGGUGGCAUUCGUAGGUGCAGGGGGAAUCAACUUUGGAACAGUCGAAGGGCCUUGGAACCACUCGACACGCUUGGAACAAACGCUUGGCAACAACCUUGUCGUCACUGCAAUCAUUGACCCGGCUCCUCCGCGCCGUCAGCAAGUCUUGGAAUUCAAACGCCUCUCUUCCGCAGGCCCCUCCUAUGAGCACACCAAAGAGUACGACUCGCUCCCCGCCUAUCUCCACGACAUGACCGCUGGAACCGCAGACAAGCCAGACAUGAUUCUCAUUGGCGUCCCUCCCGCAUUUCACGGGAGCACGCUCCCCGGCAAGGACAUGGAACUCGCCCUCGCCAACGCCAUCCCCAACGUGACGCUCUUUGUCGAAAAACCAAUGUCAAGCUCAUCCGUUCAAGACGUCAUGCUCGUCGGAAAACACUUGGAAGCGUCCCGCAACCUCGUCUCGGUCGGUUACUUUAUGCGCUACCUCCAAGUCGUUCAAAAAAUGAAGCAAUUGAUUGCCGAAAACAACCUGACCGUCAUGUCCACCAUGGCCCGCUACACUUGUUCCUAUGCCCACAUUGCCAAAAAGGACUGGUGGAUGAAAUCCAUCUCGUGUUCUCCCAUUGUCGAACAAGGCACCCACUUUUGUGACUUGUCGCGCUACUUUGGAGGCGACGUGGAGAUUUCCUCGGUCCAAGCCCAUUCCGUCGAACACGACGAACCCCCCGGCCACCUCUCUGUCAUCCCCAUUGACGAAUCCUCCAUCCCACCACAGGAUCGCGUGCCUCGCAUCACCACCGCCAUUUGGAAAUACACGUCGGGCGCCGUGGGAACCAUUGUCCACGGCAUCAACCUCCAAGGCACCAAAUACAAUUGCGAACUCGAAGUCCAUGCCGACGGUUGGUUCCUCCGCAUGGUUGAUCCUUACAAUGAACCCAAACUCUACGUUCGCUCUCCCUUGGACGACGCUGAGCAAUUGUACACGUUCCCCGAGGAUGAUCCCUACCUCUCUCAAAUGGCCGUCCUGGUCGAUGCUGUCAAAUUGGGCAAGCAACAGGAUAUUGGAGAAGGAACGGGCAAGACGGGCGGGAUCCUCUCGAGUUGGGAAGAUGCUUCCAAGACGUAUGAAUUGACGUGGGCUAUUCGGUAUGCUGCUGAAGCUCAGUUGCGUAAACGUGGUGGUAGUGGUCAAGAUGUUCAAUCUCAGACAAAGGUUAAUUAGAAAUCGUGUAUUCGUAACAAAUGCAUGAGCCAAAAAAGUUUUAAAAAUAGGGGAUACGAUUAUAUAGAGACAUAUGUGAUUUUUUUUUCUUGUGUGCAAAAAAGGAUUGAGGGAUGAGAAAUGAUGCGUUGUUUUGGGUAUUUGGUUUGGUGUGGAUUUGUACAUGUUUUUACUAUUUUCUGAAAUAAAUGCUGUUUUAGAAUGCA